AUUCACUAAAAACUUUCUUCUUCAUAAUCAUUGUUUUUCACGGUUUUUAACAUUUUCCAAGACGAAAUUCUUCGAAAUCUAACAAAAAUAUACAAAAAAUUAAACGAAAUUUCGAAAAAGAAUUAAAUAAAGCUUACAGUAAGCAAAGAAAAAAAAGAUACCUAGAAAUAAGUUAGUGUAUGAAUACGUGCGCGACAACGACUCUGACGCAAAAUAGAGAAUCUGGCAAGCAAGCAACACCUUAGAAAAAAUGCUCCAAAGAAAAUGUAAAUUGGAAUUGUGGUGACGCUGCUGCUGCUCCGUUCAAGAAUACAAAACGAAUUCAAGUUAGAAUAGAAUAUUUAUCCCCAUCAGCAUACAAGCUAGGUGGUAAAGUGAGUGUGUCUUAUUGUGCAGUAUAAUUUUAACAACAACAACAACACACGAGAAUAAAAAAAUACAUAUAAAAAAGAAUUUUUGUGUGGAUAUCAAUCAAACUGGAGAAGUGGAAGACAACGCUAACGCUAAAAAAUGCCAUUAAAAUUUCUUAAGAAAUGUCGACAAUAUAAUGUGACAUCGAAAAGUCUUUUCGUUAUAUCGGUGCACCAUUUAUUGGAUACCACAACUACAGUCGAUUGUACGAUCAGUUCAGAGAGCAAAGGUCAGGAAUGUCUCGACAAUGUCUGCCAACGUCUACUCAUUCAACAGCCAGAAUUUUUCGGUCUCCGCUAUAUAGUCAAAGGCAAAGAAGAUGAAAUGAAAUGGAUCGAUUUGGAGCGUUCCCUAAGUCGACAAUUGGAAAAGUAUGCAGCCGGAACCAAGAUAUUUUUGCGAGUACGUCACUACGUCACCACCGGUGUGCGACAUUUGAGUGACGAGGUGACGCGUUACUAUUAUUUCCUGCAGCUCAAGAAUGAUAUCUAUGAGGGUAAAAUCGCUUGCGACAUACGCACGGCCAUACUGUUAGCGCUGUAUUGUCGACAAGCCGAAUAUGACAGCUAUCAGAGCGAUAAGCAGAGUAAAGAUUAUUUGAAAAAGUCACUGGUAUUGCCGAAAAAUCUUCAAGGUUUGGCUAAUGAUGACAAUCUCCUGGAUAGUCUAAUACUCGAAGUUCUGCAACAACAUUCUGGCAUACAACACCUGACCACGUCUCAAGCUGAGGAAAUGUACAUACAGUGCUGUCAACAACUGGAGGGCUAUGGUGAAGAACGCUUCCAGGCCAAAGAUAAUCUCAGCAAUGAUAUCAAUCUUGGCCUAGCCAUCAAUGGCAUGGUGGUGACUGCUGAAAAUGGUCGUCAGUAUUUCCCAUGGAAAGAUUUUCACACUGUGACCAUUGAUAAGCGAACCAUACGCAUUGAACAGAAUAAAUCGGAUGGCACCCUAUUUGUGGGAUCGUUUAUAUUUCCGGAAGCCGAUACGGCUCGUUACUUUUGGAAGUUGUGCAUAACACAGCAUAAGUUUUUCAAACGUUACAUUGACGAAGAUUCCUCCUCGAGUAUGGGUGAUGUGGAAAGUGCAAAUGGUAUUUCAAUAGGUGGAGGAGCAGAAGGCAUAAAUGCCUCUGCUUAUAAUGGAUAUGAUUUAAGUGAUUCGCGAGAAGAUCUCUUACUCGAACAUCGUGCCAUUUAUGUGCCUGGAGCAAAUAAUUCUGUAACGAUUGGUGGCGGUGGAAGUGGCGGAGGUAAUGGCUAUCAGCAGCCUCUGAGCUCACAGCAGCAACAAACGCAAGAGUAUAUGUCAUCUGCCCAGUCUUUGCAUCAUCCAGUAAACUCGCAAUUGCCACCGCAUGGUCUAAUGGCUUCGGCCAACUCUUCGUCAGCUUUAAUGUCUUCCAAUAUCUCUUUGGCAGCUAGUCAUCAGUCGGGCAGUGGUCGACAGUCUGAGAACAAUGGUAUAAAUGGCAGCGGGGCUUUGCAUAUGGGUAGCCAUCAUGGUAGUGGCGGAGGUCAGCUGGGACAGAGUUGGCUUAGCAAGGAAUACUCCCAUGAUUAUGUCUCAUCCUCGCAACAUUUGUCGAAUAGCAUAUUGGAUACACGUCUUCAAAGCAGCUCUUGUCAAGAUCUAAGCAAUAACAACCUACAUAGUAGCUCUAGUUUUCUGGGCCACCACAAUAACAAUAAUCACCUGCUGGCAGCCGAUGCCCACGAAAGAGAACGCCUGAAAGCCAUGUUGCCCACUUAUAGACCGGCCCCAGAUUAUGAAACUGCAGUCCAGCUCAAAUACCGCUCCCCUUCCAAUGAACUCUACAACUUGAAUCAAUUGCAAUAUCAGGCUGCCGCCUUGGCAGCGCACAACUCGGCUGCUGUCUAUUAUGCCGGUUCACAGCCUGAUGUCCAUCAGGCGGGGGAAGGUUUAUUGCUAGGCCACAUGGCCACACAUCGCUAUCCAGAUGUGGCGCAACCAGCUCAAGCCAUGCAUGCUCAAUACAAUUUAAGUGGUUCAUCUCAAGCCGCCGUUAUGGGAGGAGGCUCUUCGCAAGGCAACAAUGUGUACGUUGAUGCCGUCUCACAGCGUUUACAAAUGAUGCGCAACAAGCCCCCACCUCCUUAUCCGGUAAAUCGUUUGAGUUCAUCUUCCACACCUGACUUGGCGGUGGCCACACACCGACCACUGCUGGGCUAUCGUGCUUAUGUGUCAGGCUCCUCUCCGGAUUUGGUAUCAAAUCGUAAUCUAUUAAACUCGCAAUACCCAUAUGUGGGACAGACUUCAGGGCUGGUGGGUGGUUCGAAUAUUGGAGGCCAAAUAACCACUUCCUCGGGGGCUACAAUGUUACACCAAUAUCCUUAUAUGGGCCACAUGGGGCAUUCCCAGUCUUUCCUGCCACCCCAUGGUACAUUUGAAAAUUUAAAUAUGAUCGAGGAGCAACCUUCGAUAAUGUCACAAUUGAGACAAUCGGCCUUGUCGCAAGCAGCUGCUGUCGCUGCCGCAGCAACUAAUCAAAGCUAUGAGCAGAACUCUCCAACCCUGCCUCCAUCGGGAUAUCGGUCUUUUGCAACGAUGCAACAGCAGCAACAACAACAACAGCAAUCAAUGCAACCCGCAGUCUUGCAACGUAAUGCCAUGAAUGGUUCCAUAGAACCGAUAUAUGAGAAUGUGCCACUGCCGCAAUAUCAAACCAGCUCAGCAUCAGUAACACCACAACGCAAUACAGAGCAAAGAUCGUCGGGCUCGUCCACUUACAACAACAAUGAGCAAGCUAUGCGUAAUCGCACAUCUUCUAUGCAAUCGGCCCCUGGCAGUGCAGCAGCAGGUAUGCACAACCAACAACCACCGGUACCGGCUGCAAGACAACAUCAUCAUCAGCAUCAUAUACAGCAAAGGGAACAAACAACACCGCAACCGCAGCAACAACAGCAAUAUUUGCAUACACCUGAUGAGCCGGAUGAGAUUUCCAUGAACAUCAAGAAAUUUAAUCAUCAGACUCAGCCGGAUCGUGCGGCUAGUACCGAUAUACAGUUAAUGGAACCCUCCACCCCACAGAGAGCAAUACGAGCUGCAUCAGCGGCGCCCGCCAUAGGUCAGAGCAACAGCGGUAGCCAAGAGUUUGUAAUGCCUGUUAAAGUCACUCCACCGCCCAGACAACACAGGAAUAUGAAGAAUUCCUCUUCGUCGGUGUCUGCAGCGGAUGUGCUGCAACCAGCUCCAACUUCCACACCUAUGUCUCCAUCAUCCGCAUCCGCCAUGAAUUCCACACGCCUAACGACAUCUAUGUCACACGACGACUCACUGAAUCAUCAAUUUUCCACCCUAAACUUGUCUUCCAACUCCUCAUCGUCCAUGUACAAUACCACAUUUGAUACAACAACACAAAGCACCAGCACAGGGAAUUCAUCCACAGCAACGGCGAAACAGGAGAAGCGUAAAAAACGAUGGAAUUUCUUGGGAAGAAGUAAAACACCCGACAAACAAAAGUCCGCCACCUUGGGACGAGAAAAGGCAACGACAAAUACGAAAUUGCAAAAAAUUAAAUUGGCUCAGGAUGAUCUAAAUCUGCAUCAUCGCUGGUCGACGGGCGUGCCAAAGCUACAACCCAUAUCGGGACAAUUUUCCAAGGAUAAACUGAGUCAAAUACUUAACGAUAAACUGAAUGAUUCUCAACUCUUCAUGGAGUUUGAAGCUAUACCCAAACGAAGAGAAAUGGCUCGUUAUGAUUGUGCCUUAAUGGAAGAAAACACCAUGAAGAAUUCGGAUCCUAAUUUUCUGCCAUAUGAUGAUAAUCGAGUUCGUCUAACACCAACAAUGGAGAAUCGUCAUGGCUAUGUCAAUGCCUCCCAUAUAUCGGCUACAGUUGGCAAUAAACAACGCUUUUAUAUUGUUUCCCAGUCGCCGCAUGAGGAAUUAACAACACGAAUUUUCUGGCAAUGUGUAUGGGAAGCUGAUGUUUAUUUAAUAGUUCAGUUAUCGGAGGAUCUAAAUUAUAUACCGCCUAAUACAAAUCGUCGAAUGGAGUUUGGUCAGUUCCAGGUUUAUCAGGAAUUUUCACAAACUACCGAUCGUUGUAUAACCAGCAAACUACGUCUUUAUCACAUACAAUCAAGACGAUAUCGUUCUGUAUGGCAUCUCAACUACACCGAUUGGGGUGAACAAAAUUGCCCGCGUGAUGUAAAUCAUUUCUUGGAGUUUCUGGAAGAGCUCAAUUCUGUGCGCAUGGCUUCUAUAAAUGAAGUGCCGCCGGGACACAAUACAAAUCCGCCAGUACUAUUGCAUUGUCUUGAGGGUGGGGGCAGAUCGGGUGUAACAUUAACAGCGGAUUUACUAUUAUAUACUCUGGACCACAAUGAGGAUUUGGAUAUACCUCGAGUUAUUGGAAAUUUACGACAUCAAAGGGAUAACAUUAUACCUUCUCUGGCUCAGUAUAAGUUUAUUUAUAGUCUUCUUAUUACCUAUCUAAAACGAACGAGAUUGAUCUAAGGCUUUACCUUAAACCCUCUAUGAACAAAAUACGAACCUCUUUUCUACUUCAUUGUUUUGUUCUUUAACACUGAUUGUGUAUUAGUUUUAUUAAGUUAAGCCUCAUUUGUCUGCUUUUGCAAUCCAAUUGCUGUCCUACUUAAUUUAUUUUCUAAAGAGAACACGAACAAUUAUACUUUUACAUUGGGUGCUUGUUGUAAUUUUUCCUUCAUUUUGUAUUCUAUCCCUUUAAAACCCCUUUCAAAUCGUUUUUGUUUUCUAAUUUAUGUAUGGCUUUCUUGUAUAUAUACAAGUCUAUAAUUAUGCGAAAAUAAAAAAAUUAUUAGAUUUUUUUUAGUAUUUUUAUAAUAUUUAUAUAGUAUAUAUACACACACACAUAUGUAUUUUUUUAGUAAUUUGUUGUCUUAGAACUAGGGAGUUAUGAAAAACGCUCUCGUUAUCAUUUAUUGUUGAUACAACUUCAUUAUUCAUCAUCAAGUUUUCUUGUUGUUAGCAAUUUAAGCUUAAGACAAAAACGAGUUUAAAAAAUUGUGCCUUGUAUUAAAUAAAACAAA